AUGAUGCUCAAAAAAAUAUUUCAAACUUGUGGAUCAGGGAAUGGACCAAUCAUUACUACUAAACGACUAUUAGCUUCUUCAAGAGUUAAAGAAGUUGUCGAACCGAAUAUUUCACCUGUAGCCGUCGAUUCACAAUUGUUCAACGAUAUAAAGUCCAGAGUUUAUAACAACAGAGAGAACAUUGAGAAAAUAGUAGUUAGAGUUAAACAAGGAGACUCGUACAAAUCUUAUCUUUUGAAUAAAAACGAUUCAACGCCUUCUAUUUGUGCUAAACAUGCCUCUGUACAAAAGUUAGCAAAUUUCGCCUUAGCUGAGAUGAGUUACGAAUCAGGAACUGUGGAGUAUCACAGCAUGAAUGCUCCGGUAUCACAUAAAUGCGACAUAUCAUUCAUUGACAUCAACACCACUAAUCCUCAGUGGACUACAAUUAUUAAUCAGGCUUAUUGGUUGUCAUGCUCAGUUCUUCUUGGAGCAGUUUUGAAACAAGGUGUUCAAGUUAAUGUUGCCUCCUCUAUUGUAACCAAAACACCUCGAGAACUCACUUUUGCUGUUGACAUCAAUGGCUUGAAAGAAAGUGAUUUGACAACUCAAGAUCUCUUAGACCUCUCGCGUUUUGCUUCAAGAGAAUUUAUAUCCGCCGCAAAACCAUUUGAGAUACUCAAUGUUUCUGAUGAAUUGGCUAAAGAGUAUGGUCUCAACAAUAGUGUGAGCUUGUGUAAAUUAGACGAUUUCGUUACUAUAGUGCCGGGACCUACUAUAGCUCAUACUGGCCAAAUAGGUCGAUUUUCAAUUGUAGGCAAGAAACAAAUAAAGAAUUCCCUCCGAUUGAGUGGAGUUUCAGUUCCCAGUUCUCAACCCGUUUCUUCACAGAAUUGGGAUUUAAUUAGAACAGAAGCUGGCAAAGCAACUUGA